AUGGUGGGACUCACCUCAAACUUUAUCCAUAUAAUUUUUAGGUUGGAUUCAGUGAAAGGCGUGGAUUCUGGAAUUAGGAAUUUGAGGAAGGCGGUGAUCAAGAAGGCUAUUGCCUUGCAGGAGAAGAUCGACUCAAUUGUUGCUGCCGACGAAGCCACUGACGAGACUCUAGAAGUUCGUAAUGCUUCUGAUGCCGGGGAAAGUGGUGUGGAAGAAACUCCGGUGCUCGAGGAUAGAAUUUCAGAGCAUGAAGAUGAAAGUUCUUCUGCUGAUAUCACUACUACUGAACCUGCCGAUGGUUGCAAUGAGCUUGAAAAUGCAGACGGAGUAGCAUCAAUGCCUCUUUCUAUUGAAAAGGAGGGAACGAUUAUUGAGGAAUCCAUGCCUUGUCCCAGUCAAUCGAAUGUUGUUGCGGAAGUUCCUGAUGCUGAUGAUGAUUUACUGAAACCUCAAGUUCCAGAGCACGGCGUGAACUCGCCUUACAAAAUCACAGGAGAAGAUGAAUUGGCUGAAAUGGUUUCUGAACAAAAGGUGCCUGAAGAAGCUGGUGACAAGGACAUGGUGCAUCAUGAGACUGAGGCCGCAGAAGAGUACCCGGAAAUGAGUGAAGUCGAGAGUCAGACGGAUUCUUCUAAUAGCCCUCCAAGUUCAGAAAAAGGGAUUGCAGAAUGUGCAGCUGUGGAUGAGAGAGAGGGCAGUGGAAAUGAAGAGGACCAUAUAAAAGAAGAAGAAGAAGAUGGCAGAGUGAAGGGACGAGAAGAGGAUGGGCAGAGCAGAGAGCUACUUGAAAGGGUGGUAAUGGACAACAAGAAAAUGAUGGAGAUGAUGGCGCAGCUGUUCGAAAGGAAUGAAAUGCAAACACGGAUGCUGUGCUCCCUGUCACACAGGGUUGAGCAAUUAGAAAAGGCAUUUGUGUACGAGACGCUAAGAAGGAAGAAGAGGAGGAAUAGCACCCCUGUAGAUGGCUCAGGAAAGUGUGGGUGACAGGUCAAAAUGACUUCUGCAGGCAGUAGACAUUGUUUG